AGAGUUGAUACGCAAGGAAACGUGCGAAAAUGAGGAUCCGAGUAGUUGCCAUGUGGUAUCUUUCGCUCUUGUGCCAUAUUAUUUGAAACGUUUGGUCGCCGAUGGGUGAAAAAGAAAUGACGAAGUCUCGUCGCUUUCCGUACAGUUUUUAUUUUUUUAUCCCACAAAGACAAAUCUUAGCUGGGUUCGGCUUUGGGUAUUGCUAUGGAUGUUCAUGCAUAGACUGAAACGUAAUCGUAAAGAUGUCGAUUUUCUCUCUACGCGACCUUCUGCAGCACGAACGUGAGGCGCAGGAACGGAUUGUCACCCCACGCCUGCAGCAGCAAAACCUUCAAGCUUCGAGAGGUAUACCAGCGUUGGUGGAAGAAAGCUGUGAACAAGCUGCAGGUGUCUCCAAUAGCCAGAAAAAACGAGUGCGCCACAAUGAAUGAUGAAAAUCGUUUGAUAAUCUAUCGGAGCUGCGGGCGAAUUAGUUCUCUGUUCUAGCUCUAUCAUGACAAGUUCUAUAUGUGAAACUGUUUCAUUCCGAUCUCCAAACUACAGCGCCUUCCCUCCUUACCGGCUUCUGUGAGACCACAGGCACGAAUCACGCUCACCAGGUCCAGACAGCUCCGCCCUUGCGGACGUACUACGAGAGCAGUCAUUCCCUGGACGUCACAGGUCUUUGUUCGCAGCCAACCGCCACGGAGACGGCAACGGAGGUGCAUGUUGUUCGGCCGCGGCAGCGGGCCUACUCAACGGCGGGACAUAGCGUUUCCGAUGACAGAGACGACGAAAGGUAUAUGCAAGUACUUACUUGCUUCUAGAAUAGUUACACGCUCACCAGAGCUCUUUUUUUCGUAGAUGUACUACCGUGCUUUGGCUCGUCCCUAUAACAUGCAAGGAACUUCUCUCAGUGCGGUUGGAAGACGGACCCUUUGAAAGAUCCUUCAAACCUCGGUCAUCAGGUUGCCACCCGUUGCUUCCCCGGUGUCCAGCCUGCUCGACCGAUGCCUGACUCCCGACCAGGCGAUCGGAAACCUGUCGCGCAACAGCGUCCAGUCCGUGCUCCCUCCCGCUAGUGAGGUCCCCAGCCCGCUCCGUCGGCGGAACAUGGGCAGUGAGUACUUUUCCGGCACCUCCCAGGAUCAUGAAACAAGAAGUUACCCAGUGAGUCUUCCGCCGCCAACUGCACCCGAGUUGCUGGUUUGCUCUCCCUAUCAAAUGCAAAAAUGUCUGGGUCUGGAAGAAUGCCAGGUUUGUGAUGCAUGUUUUCCAUGACCCACGAGGUCUGGAAUGCGAGGCCCAGCAUGACAGAUUCUUUGAGGUCUCUAUCAUGCCUUUCCUGCAUGAGAAACUCCCUCUCAACUUGGUCAAAAGCGGACAGCUUUUGGCACUCACGCAACACAGAUAUUUGCAUCAUUUAGAGUUAGCAUGACAAGUUCCAACCUUCCAGACCCAGACAUUUUUACAUUUGAUACUCCCUUGCCGCAGCUGCGGCUGGAAGAGACGAUCAAUUUCGACGUAUCCUAUUUAAAAACGUCCCCACCCCAUAGUUGUAAUGCAAAUCUGCAUGCUGAAAAUGUUUCUCAUGCGGAGCCCCAUGAGAAGCAGUUUCUAGUCGUGUUUUCCAAUUUGUCAUGCUCCAAUCAGCAUGGUGUGCUAGGUCUGUGAUGCUGCUGAGCUAGCUCAAACAGCACUACACUACGAGUCCAAAUUUGUGAUGCAAAGCAACCAAAACUUGUGGAUUUGUCUAGCCGAUUCCCCAUCUUGACUCCUUAAGCACUUCGUAAGGAAAAGCACUUCGUAAGGAAAAGCAUUUCGUAAAACAAAACGUAUUCACUUAGGCUCAUGUAAAGCGACGAAGCAGAUACUUCAACACACUAGCAGCGUGCGGGGGGGGCCAAUGUGGUCCCCCCCACCCGCUGCGCCUAUAAAUAAAACACGCCAGGGAGUUUUCUUUUUUUUCCAGCAGCGGCUGGCUGUGGGACGUGGGGCAACGCCGGGGGUUAGAAAUGCAAAUAUGAUGGUAGUGCGUUCCUAUACUUAUCUUGCUUCAAACAUUUUUUAUUUUUUUGGCCUUUCUUCACGCUUUCUCUUUGUCAUUAUCUUUGGAUUAGUUUCGCGUCACUUCAUUGCACAAGUAUUAGAAUUCAUAAUCAUGAUGGAGAAUGGCACGCGGAGUCGGAAACAUUGAAAACGACACCGAGCGCGACGGAACCACACGAAGCCGGCGGGGGGUUGCAAGAUCUGCGCGUGUCGUUGGGGCCACAGAAUGAGGAAUACUAGGCCGCUGGGCAUACGCACGCGGGGGAGGAGGGGGAAAACGGAGGCGAAACGAGAACAAGGGGCGCAGUACGAAAGUGGAGCGAGAAUCAGCAGGCUGGAGCAGGGGACAAGAGCGGAAAAGUAAGAUAUCGGGAAAAAAAAACGCCGUAUACCUGCGCAAUUCCUUAUAUGUGAAUAACAUGGAGGGUGGGCGGGGUUCUUCACAUUUUUGGAAACGCCCACCGCCCCGACUAGAAUAGCUGAAUGAUGAAAAUCUUACUUGAUCCACGUCUUGUAGCGCUAGUCGUUCCGCGGACCCCGCGUCCUCGCAGGGGCUUCUCUUUUUUUUCCGCCUAGCCAGCGGGUUGUUGCUUGGGGGGGUGUUAGGUUCGCAUGAAAGCUUGUAUGCAUGCUGUAUUCCGGCUUUGCAUGACAACUUUUAUUGGUUUUACUAGAAGCGCCCUGCUUGCUAUCUGCUUUAACUGCUUCAUGUGACCGGUGUAGUUUCCUAGUUGCACGAAUUCGCCCGCUGCUACCGGGUCAGUAGAUAGAAAAAAAAUUCAGGUCGCGCAGUUUCUAAAUGGCUUGCGGGUGACGCUUAGGACUUGACGCGGUGACUUGUUAGCUCUAGAAAAUUGGCACUAUCGAAGAACUUGCACGACAAAAAACUUGCAUGACAAAAUCCGGCCCUGCGAAGCCGCAGUAGAUAGUAUCCCCCCGCACUGCUAUCCCCAUUCCACAUUGUUCCGGAGGCUGCGAGAUGGAACCAUGUGGCGUGUGCCGCUGCUACCGGCUCGACACGAAAAAACGAAUCCGCGCGCUCGGCGCGGUAGAUACCCCCCCGCCGUUCGGGUUUUAGCUGCCACUGGCGUCAUAAAUUGCGGUCUACAAUCUCCUCCUGAUGAUUUUCAUUUGUUCUUUUUGUGUAUGGUGCAUGAGAGCUUGCACUCAUUUUGGCCACGUUGUGGUAGUUUUGCAGCAUGCACGCACAAACGGGAUUCUUGAAAGCGGAGGGUGGGGGGCGAGACCCCCAUUUAGUCGCCGCGGCGCGAAGCCGCAAAUCUCGCGCUCACGUCCACCAUCAGAAGUGUUCCAGCACGGGGCCGCUCCAUGAAUUGAAUUGAAUUGAACGACAGGGCGAGAGCCCUGCAAGACCGGGCGUCGAUAGUAAGAGCAAAAAACAAAAAUGCACGCAUACACGCGCACUGCUUAACUGUGUGAAAGGUGUCGGCCCUGUUUGACCUGCUGCGGCAGGCAGGUGAAUUCGUAGAACUGCAUCACAUGUUAAGUAACGCACACCGGCCUCCUAGAAUAACUGAAUGAUGAAAAAUUUAUAUGCGCAGCGGCUUACUGCGCAGCGUCGGUUCGUGCACGUGUGUCGCUCUUCGUUCGUUGUCUCCAGGAGCUUGAUCGUAAAUUCGUGCGCUCCUCCUGCUUUAUAAAAUUCGAUCUUCCCAUCUGCCCCCGUUUUCCCACGUAGAUUUAGAUCUCUACCCUUUUAUAUCUUCUGUCGUUUAGUUUUGUUGUUUUGCCUGACUUGCCUUCUUAGCGCUAGCCCGCGCAUCCCGCGUUCUUGCAGGGGCAGCUGUCUUUUUUUCCGCCUUGCCAGCGGAUUUUGUCGCGGGGAAGAUAAGAAAGCACUCUGGGUUCAACGGUCCCCGCCCCCCCUCGUCGUGGGUUCAACGGCCCCCAUCCCUAAAGAGACCACUUAGAAAUAAUUCUACAGUAGAUUGCAAAUUUUACAGCGGUCGCCCGUUUUGCAUCGGCCGAGGCUGCACACGCGUCCGGAGUAUUUUUCACUGACGUCCCUCGGCUUGGGUCAUAUGAUGUUCUUCGUCAGGUCGCGCAGCCUCUAUUAAUGCGAUUCGGGUCGGCUGCGCCCUAUGGCUAGUAUCUGUGAUCCAGCUCGACCAUAUAUUUCGGGUUUCGACCCGAAUAGCGCGCACUAGGCGCAACUAUCUCUUUAUACAGUGGUCUCUCCCUAUCUUUACUAUCUUUCAGUGCAGCGGCUUACUGCACUUAUCGCCCUACGGAGACUGUGAUCUGACCUCCCUCUACCUCCCCUGGUGGACGUCUGCCGCGGCUUACGGCUCUGGACGUUAACUAGGAUCGAGUGCGUUGUGCGGGUUUAGGGUUUUGAAUAUUUAAUUUUGUAUCUCCCACUGCUGCAUGCACCCUGCUGCAGAACUUGUGAUGCAAAACAACCUCCGGGUUGUUCCCGCGCUUCAGGAGUAGUUCUGUUGCGUGCGGGCAGCAGAAGAUGAGUAAUGCUGUUGGUUUAGGGGGUUGAAAAUGUUUGUGCAUGUGUAAUGCAAAAGAUGAAAAAGAUUCGCGCGUGGGAGCGCAUUUUUAAGCACAACGGGCGGGUGCCGUUCCCGCCGUCACACAAUCACAUACAAUACAAUACAAUUGAAAAUUGGGGGCCGGGCAAAAAAAAAAAAUUCCCCAUCUUGACCAUGGUGUGGGGACAUUUUUAAUCAGGAUACGACGGAAAUCCAAAACAGGCACGCGCGAAUAACAACUACGGAGGUGCUCAGCAGACCUUGUUUCCCAGCAGCACGACAGCACAGCAACAGCAAGAAGUUUUCUCGGCGACUUCCUCCAGUUCCUCGGAAACUUCGUCUGGUCGCGCUAGACGCAACAACGCACGCGUGAUGACCGGUGAAGUAGCUCCCCAGGAAAUUGUAGUUGUUGCGGGCGGAGUCACUACUCAACAAAAUCCAAAUGAUAGUGCACUCGCCUACGAGGACGGAACGAUUACCCCCGCAACGGUCUGGGAUCUGUCGUUCGCGCAGUCCUCUGGGUCGACUACUCCCGCACAGACGCAGGCGGAGGCGUACGCGCAGAGAAUGCGCGAGAGCGAACAGCAACAGUCCACGGGCGGAAUUCGGCACUGGAUGGCCAAAAUUCCCUCCUUCCGGGUGCGAAGGAACGAGGUGGACAGCUACACCCGGUCGCAGAUUGUGGACCAGAUGUUCAACGAUGACGUGCCCGACGAAAAGGAGGACGGGAGAACCUGUGAGAUCCCACGAUGGCUGUACGCUGACUGUUUGGAUCCGGGGUCGAACGUGGACGAUAGCUCGGAGUAUCGCGUCGAUGCGCCACGGUUGCUGCGACAAAGGCAGCAGGCAGCUUGAGGGAACAAAUACUUUUGAUGACAGUCAGGCCCGACUUGGUGCUAUGAAUCCACCAUUUGCAACUGUAGACAUGAACAAAGAAAACGUCUUCCUCGAUAGAAUUCAGUGGACGAACUCAUUGCACAAUUUUCCAUUUGCGUAACACACCGGCCUCUUCACUGUUGAUUUUGAUAGAAUGUAAAAAUUGCAGUCCAUUAGCAGUAGCUCUCUGUCUCACCUGUAUGAAUGUUGUAGCUUCAAACACUACAAGGAUGAAAGAAAGCAGUACAUCAAUGCAUUUGUGCAAGGCGAAUAAUGUGGCCGCUCUUUCCGAAAUUCGCCUUAUUGGAAUGUACGCUGUUGUAAAAUGCCGACAGAUGAAAGAGAAUGGAAGAGCAAGUCAAAGCAAAAGAUACUUUUCCCCUCAUCUUUGUCCUACAAGCAGCAGGAGUGCACAUCCAGCGAGGCGUGAUCAAAUAACUCCCGGGAUCGCGCCGGACGAUAAGGUUCCCAACAGCUUGACCGAGUGAGUUUAUCUACUUCGAGCUGCUGCGAUUUCUAGGAGAGUCCGAGUGUUGACUCGCUGCACUUCUCUUCAGCGAGCUUCGUCUUUGUCUUGGAGGCUGUCGUCGGCGUCUGCUACUGGCUGAAUAAUCC